ACCAAGCGCUGUUUUGGGCGCACAUUGAUGACGUUUGCAUGAACGUGUUUUCUGCCUGCUCACUGGAUAAAGUUUCAGAAGAAUGCGGAUAAAUGAAGACACUUUAGUGGAAGGCAGGCAGGUUGUGUUGGUUCCCUACAGCCCUGAACAUGUUCCCAGGUAUCACCAGUGGAUGACGUCAGCAGAGCUGCAGAAACUCACAGCGUCUGAACCUUUAACCCUGGAGCAGGAGCAGGAGAAUCAGAGAAACUGGAGAGAAGAUGAGGAGAAGUGCACAUUUAUCAUCCUGGACAAGCAGCGAUGGACAGAUCCGAGCAUCUCCGAGGAAGAGUGCAUGGUGGGAGACGUCAACCUCUUCCUGACAGACCCCAGUGACCCGUCACUGGCUGAGCUGGCGAUCAUGAUAGCAGAGCCCAGUUACAGAGGCAGAGGAUUUGGCAAAGAAGUGACACGCAUGAUGAUGCAUUACGGCAUCAACAAACUAGGUAUCAAGAAAUUUGAAGUGAAGAUCGGUUUGGAAAACCGGAUAAGCCUCGAUAUGUUCAAGAAGCUCCAGUUCCAAGAGCUCUCCGUCAGCGAAGUGUUUCAGGAAGUGACUCUCGGCCUGACCGUCAGCGAGGAAGAGCUGCUGGGCAGCAGGGAUCUCACCCAGGAGAGAGAGUACAGAAAAACACGGGACUCUAGACAAGGAGUGGAACGUGCCUUAACCAGCGGAGGUGAUGGGAACUGAGAGGAGAGACGGUUUUAAUAAGAGAGUAAACGGAGAAACGGUUCACACAGGAGUGUCGCAGCUUAUCGAGGCAUCAUUUAAUUUGCUGCUAAAAACAAGUCUGAUUUGUCAUGUUGCACUUUUGUGGUCAAAAUGAUGCACUUAGAGUGGAACAAAACUACAAACGAAUGAACAUUUUCGUUCCUUAUCAUGUUUUUUUUUAAUAUUUUAUUAUGACCUGCUAUUAAGAAGCAAUUGACACGGAUACCGUAUUGAGGGGGAUCGGUUCUUCACUGGUUCUCUGUUGACUUGUUACAAUCUCAUCAUGUUUUCUUUCCAUCACAUGUAAAAUGACGGGUUUAUGGAAAAAACUAAACAGUUACCUUCA